CUCAAACACAGACCAUAAGGCCUUAAAUUUAGUAGGAAAAGUGUCUUUUUGAGAUUUCUUCCAUCAAAUUUUUAAGUUUCUUUCACUCAGCUUCCUUUUCUGGCUAAUCUGAGACUAAAAUUACACCAUAAAGGCUAUUGCUUCUAAGUGACUCAUUAUGAAUGGCGGCAGCUCCCCAGUUCAGUUUGCAUAAUAAGGGCGACUGUAUAUUCGCACUUCCGUUUGUUGUACUAUUUCUUUAUCUGGGGACAGCAGUAAAAUAAAUCUUCUGAUCUUACUGUGUAUAAAUUAUCAUUGUUAAAUCUACCAAAUGUAUACAGCUUAUGGCAGGAAUAGGACAGUAAGGAACAACCUAUAUAACUGAUGUCCAUUUUAACCAAUUUUAGGCGUUUUACUUCUGCUGACCACUCUGUUCCCUGGAACACUCAAACACAAUAUACUAUGGGGAGGGCUAUGGUGCAUGAUUAUAAUAAACCUGUCACUACGUACGGAAGUAAUUUUACGAAAAGGCCCUUGUUCGGUACUGGUAAUUCAGUGAAUGCUGGAACACCACCUAGUUUCAGUGAUAUUGCAACUCUUUCAACAACUGGUUAUAACUCUAGACCUGGUUCUUCUCAACGAAAUGGUGAAAUUAUCAAUCCGGUACCCAAUGCGUUUCCUGGUCGGACAACAUAUCCAACUGCACUGGAUUCUAGUCUAGAAAAUGGACCACCAUACUUCUUUGCAUUAAAUUAUAAUGGUAAUCAAACAGGUCCUCCAAGAAAUUUUUCUGAACCUGCCCUUUUCUCCUCCAUGUCCACUGUAAGUCGAACAGCUGGAAAUGAGUUGACAAACAAUCGAGUUGGAAAUAUUGCCCCAUCAAUCCCCAUGAACACCGCUAUGGCAAUGGCUUCUAACCGUAAUCCUGGAAGUCUGUAUUCGAACUCAGUUGGAAAUGAUAAUAGUCCUUCGAAUCCCACAAAUCUUUCUUUGUCCUCAUCUUCUCGUGGUGUUACCUUGGAUCCUUCGGAAUUUCCUCCAAUUUUAACUUCGACUGGGCGGAGUGGGAAUGCCUCAACAACCUUCCACUCCUCGGCAAGUCAGCCUCCGUUACGAAACUAUGUUUCCAUCAUGUCCAAGGGGUCGUCAACCAUUGAUCAAAGCUUAAGUCAAAUGAAUCAACAAUUUAAUCAUUCCUCAAAUAGUCAGGCAGCUCCUUUAGAAUUUUCUAAACAAGAUUUCCCCGCUUUGCCUGGUUCACACCAGCCUACGACUAGUACAACAACAACAGUAUCAACGACGAGUGCCUUAACUGUUAAUUCAACAUCUGCUACUCAUCGUUCUUUGUCAGCCAGUUCUGUGACACAAACUCCUGCUUCUACAAAUUCUCGACGGCUAUUUAGCCACACACCCAAUCAGGUUAUGGCACAAUCAUCAGGCGCGAACCAGCCAAGCUAUUCAAAUGUUCCUUCUAAAUCUGUCGGUGCUUCAAAUGGCAUACAGCUACUGCCUAACCAUUUAGUUACAAAUAUUCCUAAAAAUAUGAUUUGUGAUCAAUUUGGAAUGUUGGGUUUAUUAAAACUCAUUCGGGUGGGUGAUUAUGAUGCAACAUUAAACAUGCUAGCUCCUGGAUUGGAUUUAUCUUCAUUGCAUAAUAACUGGCAAACAUCUGGUGAACUUCACACUUCUCUGGUUUCACCAUGUCACGAUUCUUGUUUUGGACGACCACAUGAUAUGGACUAUCCUGUCCCUCCAGAGUAUCUGAUACGACAUUUAAUUACAGAUCGCCUACCUGAUCCACCAAUGAAUCAAUUAUCCGAGGAAACAUUGUUUUGGUUAUUUUAUAAUUGUUGUCGAGAAGAAGCACAAUUAGUUGUAGCCAAAGAACUAUAUCAACGUGAAUGGCGAUUUCAUAAAAAAGAACAAAUAUGGCUUACACGUAUAGUCGGAGCAAAUUUUACAUCGGAUAAUAAUUCUGAACAGGGGGAUUAUUAUUUUUGGGAUCCACUCAAAGCACAGAAAUCAACUCAUCAAAUGACCAUUUUGUAUUCUGAUCUUGACAACGCGCCAGCAGCAUUUCGUCUUAGUUCAGGCACAUUAAGCGCCUUUGUCAGUAUUGGUUUACCCGGUGGUCCUCAUGGUGGUGGUGUACAACAGCAGCAACAACAACAGUUGGUUACAUAUCAACAGUCACGUCAAGUACAACAGCAACAGCAGCAGCAACAACAACAACAGGGCCAACAAACAUUUUCACAUGCGCAUCAUCAAACCCUAAUGAAUAAUACUGGUAAUAAUAAUACAUCUGGAUCAAUAAUUCCGUAUACGGCUAGCUCACUUACUACUGGACCAUCAAUGAAUUCAUCCAAUGCAGCAGCAACAUUGGCUAGUCUUUUCAACACUCGACAGCAACAACAACCAUUGAAACCGCUACAACAACAACAACAACUCAACUCGAAUGUGAAUUAUUUUCCACCAUCGCAUAAUCGAACAACUGGUGGUGGUGGUCCUGUUAAUUCUUUAUUUACAAAUAGAUCUAUGCCAGCAUCAUCAAUUCCUGUUGUAUCAAAUGCAAUUAUCGCUUCGUCAGAAACUACGUCGUCAUCAACUGUGAAUUCAAAUUUUAAUCGCCUACCACCACCACCACCUAAUGCAUCGAUGGUCAAUAAUGAGAAUAACAAUAACAAUAAUAAUAAUAAUAAUGAGAAUGUCAAUCAAGGAGUCUUUGAUGGUUCACAAAUUUAAAUCUUUCUUUUUUUCCAUCAUUAUCUCUAUUGUGUGUAAUGUAGUAGUAUGUACUAUGUACAACAAACACAUACACACACACGUACACACAGUCACAUACAUACACACAGACAGGUGCAUAGUUUGUUGGUUUGAUGCGUAAAUACAAUCUCUUUUUUCUGUGUAAACCUUAAUUAAUAAUAUACGGCUAACUUUUUUUCACGAGAGAGGAGGAUCCUCAGUUUAUGUUGUUGUUCUAUGUGGGAUUUAUUUUAAUUCCUUUCCUUGAUGAAUUUGUUUUCUCAAUGUUUUAUUUUUUUUAGGUUACCUUAUUUCUCCUUCCCUAAAUUUGUCGCAAGAGGGGGGGGGCGGUGUAUAUCACAAACACACAUGCAUAUAUUAUUUUUUCAGUUCAUGCUUAAUCUUUUUAAUUUUAUAAUUGUUUCUGGGUUUUUUUUGAUGCUGAUUCACGUGUCAUCGUUUUUAUCCUUGUAUGUGUGUGUUAUUACUAUUAUUACUUUUUUCUUCAUUAUUUUUCUUGGUUUUGUAUACCUACCUCUGUCCUUAUUAUCCACAAGACAUCCAGGUUUCUUAGUGAGAAACAAUGUGAAGGAAUUCUUCAUUUAUUAAUACAAUACUACUAUUAAUAUGAUGAUGUAAUGUGUGUGUGUACAUGAGUGAGUGGCACUCUCUUGGUGGCGCGCGAUCUUCUACUUUCCUUUAUUCAUAUCUUUGUGUCAAACUCUUUUUUUAUAUUCCAAUCUCACACCUGCGUAGUAACAACCACAUCUCCUGUCGUCUAGUUUUAUUUGUUUUUUUCUCCCAUCCUUUUCUCUUCGUCUUCCUCUUUUCUAUUUACUCAUGAAAACAUCAUCCAUCAAACUGUGUUUGUAUGAAGGAAGGACUAACGAAGCAAGAGAUCUGUCGUCCACUUGUGUCUGUCUCAAAGCAUAAUUAAUUCCUACUUCUGUGUAUGUACGUGAAUGGAAAUCAGUCAGUGAGUUCAAUCACUCUGUCUAUCUAUCUCUCUAUAUAUAUGCAUAUAUAUAAAUAUUUUUCUUUCAUUAUUAUUGUUGUGUCAUCCUAAUCACGAUUGUUUCAUGUCGUUCACAUAUAUAUACAUAUAUACAACAAAUUUCUCCUGUAAAUGUUUGUUUGUGCGUGUGUGUGUGUGCGUGCGUGGAAUAUGGUGAGACUGGAUUCUUCGAAAUCAAACAUAAUUGCUUUUACUAUAUUAUCAUGCCCCCAAUCUUUUCUCCCCUUGUCACCUCUCCCUCUCCCUCCCCCCUCUCUGUCUCUGUGUGUAUACUUACUUCCCCGCCCCCCACCUUUUCCUCUUUCUUCCCUCCUUCUUCUUCUUCUAUUUUACCCCAUCCAUUCUUCUUCUUUUUUGUAAGCUUUUUGCCAAAUAUAAGUGAAAUUAAUUAGUGAAAGAUGAUAAUAAUAAUUUUUGAUUAUAGUUGUUAGCUCGAUUUGUUUCUCCCCCCGUUCCUCCCCCAACCUUUGUUUAUAUUUUGCUAAUAUAUUGUGCUGCUUCUCUUCUCUACCACUACUUACAAUUUGGUGGUGCAUGUGCCCAUGUAGAUAGAUAGAUGGAUGGAUGGAUACAAGGAAUGUGAAUAACUUGGUGAUAUUUGUACGUAUGUAUGCAUGCGUGUGUGUAAAUUUGAAUGAUUUUUCUUGAUCAUUCCAGUUUCAAUAUUCGUGUGUACACACUACUCUUUACCAGUGUUGUUGUCCUUUUCUUUUACAACCUUUAUCCUCUAUUUAUGUAUGUACAACUGUGAGUGUUUGUCCGUGUGUGUGUAUGUUGGUUGGUUUGUUUGUUUGUGUGUAUAUGUGUGUGUGUGUACUGACUGCUUUAUGUUGUUGUCUUAGCAGCACUAACAACUGUGUUGUCUACUGUCACACAUCCACGCGCUUCUUAAAGGAGAGGAACAAGUGUUUGCAUAUAUAUAUAUAUAUAUAUAUAUAUAUAUAUAUAUAUAUAUCCAUAUAUAUCGAUGAUAUCCAUCGUAUUUAUCACCAUUCACUCAUUACUUUUGUUGUCAACCUGUUUUUUUUUAAAAAUCUUCUUUCUCUUCCAUCGUAUUUGGCCUUUGUAGUAUUCUUCAGUUUUUGUCUUUCUGCUGCUGCUGCUCCUCCCUCCCCCUCGUGACCCCUUCCUGUAUUUCUCUCUCAGUCACACACUCUGUCUUUCUCACUUGUGUGUAUGUACAAAGACCUGUGUUUAUGAGAGAACCACAAAACAAUGAUAAUAUUAAUAAUAAUAAUAAUGUUAGUUGGUCAACUAUAAAGUUAUAAUAAUAAUAAUAAUUAUUAUUAUUAUUAGUAUAUAAAUAUUGUGCUAUACAUAUAUAUAUUUACAUUGUAUUGUUCUUUUUUCUCCCUUCUUUUUUUGCUAUUCUCGUAUGUUCUAAUAUUUGUGCCCUGCUCCGCCCCGCCCUGUCCUUCGUCUCUCACUCUCUCCAUCUCUUUGUCUGUGUGUUUGUUUAUUAGGAUUACAUGCAGAUUGACGUGUAUGUGUAUAAUUGUACUGUACUGCACUGUACUGUACACACUCCCAUUCUGUGUAUAUGUCGAUCAGAGAUGGAAGUGAAUAUCUUACUUGUAUUUAUUGUAUGGACAUUCAUAUUUCAUUGCAUAAUGUCAACUGACUGACUAAUGUAUGUGAUCGUUACGUUAAUUAUCCAUGUAAAGUGUGUAGACAUUCUGUCUCUUAGUAGCAAUAAUAAUAAUAAUAAUAUUGAUAAUAAU